CACUCACGCUGACUCUCCUGGGCUGGACAGUGCCUUGUGUUCGCUGGGACGUAACCAGGAAAACCAAGAAGAGGCUCAGGAGCUCAACACCGACUAUCAAGAAAGCCCAAAUGCCAGAGAUCCAGCUGAGAUGCAGAGGUUACAUCUCUUCAAAGAUGGCAUGGAGAUGAUCAUGAGAAGGCCACACAGAGGUGCAAAUAAAGGAUAACACUGAGGUACAAAGGGAUUUUUGUUCCACGGUGUAAACCGAGAGUGGACAGUCGUUAGUUUACAGAAUGCCUGUGGAGAUGCUCCAAAGGCCAGUGAGGCAACCGGCGAGGACUGCUGCCGCUGCUUCGCCCCUACGCCUGCGACCCAAAGGGCCAGUGGAUCCAGAUUUCUACCGGCAGUGCUCACCAGCGACGGUCAGGCCAAAGCAGAGUGCCGUGGAGAGGCUGGAAGCAGACAAGGCUAAAUAUGUCAAAAGUCAGGUGGCCCUUUCCAAGCAGCAGCCGGUCCGGCCUCCUGAAGUGCGGAAGCCUCUGCUGAACCCUGGAGCUGCUCUGCGGCCCACCAGAAAGACCCCGACCCCAACCAAGGCGAAGCAGGAGGGAGUCCAGCUCAACUUGGAGCACCUCAGUAACCUCAUUAGCGAUGUGAGUGAUGUACCUCAGUCCAGUGCAAGGUCAGAGGACAGUUCACCUCCAGACAGUGCUACCACUGCUGCACACGACUCUCCCUGUCCAGCUCCUCAACAGAAGAAGGAGCGGCCAUGCAUACCUCCACGUCCUGACUGGUCCACUCCAGCUAAAGUGAGAUUAAAAGCAUCCGGUCCAGCCAGGGUUGAGAGUCCAGGCUCUCCUGGCUCUCCAGCUGCAGGGACCGUACGCCGGGUUGACGUCAUGCCUCAGGCCUCUGCUGUGAGGACGGCCUGCAGACCACCUCAGUUUAUCCGGCAGCCUCUUCAGCCCGUCCCUCUACACUCCCAGUUUCUACUCCGCCCGGCUGCUGCUCACCUCUUCCACACCAGGAAACCUCCUGUUCCGACUCCUCUGAAACCAGUUGUUGCACCAUCAAAGCCUGACAACUGUCCCUCCUCUCCAGCUGCAGCCCCUGUCCCUGCUCUACCUCCCCCCAGCCUCCCUGUUUUUCCUCCUCCCUCCCCUGCAUUUACCCGUUUGUCUUCCUCCAGCUCCAGAAAACGUCCCUCUCUGACCCGGUCCAAGUCGGACAUGAGCGACCGGUACUCCCGAGCCGGGACGGAGCUCGAGCGCUUCUUUAACCUGUGUGGUUUGGACCCUGCAGACCUGCAGGACCUGACUGGGUCCAGUUCUGAUGUUCUGUCGCUCGCUCGUUUCCGCAGCGUGAGCGCUCCUGGUUCUGAGUGUGCAGGGUCCAACAGACAAGACGAAGAUGAUGACGAGGAGGAGGACGCUGGCAAAGCUGCGGAUCGUGUUCCUUAUGGUGUUUCUGUCAUUGAGAGGAACGCAAGAGUGAUCAAAUGGCUCUAUGGACUCAGGCAGGCCAAGGAAAAUGCAGCCAAGAGCACCAAUUUAUAGGAUGUUGUUAAUAGUUUAUAAGCUUUAAAUUAAAAGUGAAAGCUUUACCUUCACUCUGAGCUAUGUGGUUAUGAUGGAUGAAAUUUGUUUGCCAGUUAGUUUACUGAGUUUACUUCCAUUGUGUCCAAUCCCUUUCUUCUGUUUUGUUUUGCAAAUUUAGAAAAUUGGUGAUACUUUCUUUGCUUGUUUUAUUUUUCAUUUUCAAUUGUGGAUAUCUGUGUUUCCUAAUGAGACGUCCAUUGAAGUGACUUCAAAACUCAACAAAUCAAAAUCUGCUGUAAAUGGAUGGAUGAAUGGGAUUAAAGAUGAAAUGAUGCAAGCA